UCAUCUGGACCGUGAAAAGAAAAUCCAAAACCGACUAAUAUCGAUAUAAUAGAGGUUUGUGUGGCUUGCAAAAUUUCUCUCACACAUAUAACCUUCCUUUUGACUUCGAUCCUUUGAUUUUACGUCUCUUCUUCUUCGGAUUCACACCUUUUUCUCCUGUUUUGAGCAGCUGAAUUUAAGAGCUCAUAGCUUUUGCUGGUUACCUGUGUUCUACUCCGGACAGCCAAGUUUCAUGUCUGAAUUCAACGUGCAGAUUCCAUCUGCUUUUGACCCAUUUGCUGAUGCAAAUGCUGAGGACUCGGGAGCCGGAGCAAAAGAGUAUGUUCAUGUCCGCAUACAGCAACGCAACGGGAGAAAAAGUCUGACAACUGUUCAAGGAUUGAAGAAGGAAUUUAGUUAUAACAAGAUUCUUAAGGACCUGAAGAAGGAAUUUUGCUGUAAUGGCACAGUUGUGCAAGAUCCUGAGCUAGGCCAGGUUAUACAACUUCAGGGAGACCAAAGAAAGAAUGUGUCUACAUUCCUUGUGCAGGUAAUGGUUGACUAUAGAUUGGUAUUUUGCAAAACUGAAUAUUUGUUCGGUCAUCGGUUUUGAUAAUAUGCUCCUCUUUUUCUGCAUUGAUAGGCUGGUAUUGUGAAGAAGGAAAACAUCAAGAUUCACGGUUUCUAAAAACCAUCAAGUUUGUGUUUACAGCAGCUUAUAACUGAUAGUAGUGGAUAUAAUAUAUAACUAUCUUUAGAACUUACGAGUGCAUGCUACAACUCUGGAUCAAUGUACGUUUGCUUUGCUUUGUUAUGCAGACCAAGUUAUGGAUUGGUGGACGUGGACCAUUUUAGUUAAUAAUAUGUUUCCUGCUUUCUUAUCUUA